UUCAUCUUAUCCCUUCAAAUGUCACUGUCUCCUUACUAGAGUACCCAACAACAGAAAAACAAAACAUCGUACCUUAUUUGAAACGAACACCGCCCUUUUAAAAAGUACUAAUUUUCCAACAGAGCAUGACUCUGAAUAUGACUUUAAGGGCACUCACCAACACUUCAACCAACCCAAUUCUCAGAAUUAGACGUUACCAACUUCACUGCCACGCUAACCCUCUUCUGCAAUCCCAUGUUGUUGCCCUCAAUGCAAGGACCCUUUUACGUGACAGUGAUCCUCGCUUUGCACAACAACUGUUCGACCAAACUCCCCUUAGAGACCUCAAACAGCAUAAUCAGUUGCUUUUCCGUUACUCUCGCUGUGACCAAACCCAAGAAGCCCUCCACCUCUUUGUCUCACUUUAUCGUUCUGGUUUAUCCCCUGAUAGCUAUACCAUGUCUUGUGUUUUGAGUGUUUGUGCCGGUUCCUUUAAUGGGACGGUGGGUGAACAAGUGCAUUGUCAGUGUGUCAAGUGUGGACUUGUGCACCAUCUUAGCGUAGGAAACUCUCUUGUCGAUAUGUACACGAAAACGGGGAAUGUUAGAGAUGGGAGGAGAGUUUUUGAUGAAAUGGGUGACAGAGACGUGGUGUCUUGGAAUUCCUUGCUCACGGGUUAUUCAUGGAAUAGAUUUAAUGAUCAGGUGUGGGAAUUGUUCUGUCUGAUGCAAGUUGAGGGAUACAGACCUGACUAUUAUACUGUUUCUACUGUAAUUGCAGCUUUGGCCAAUCAGGGUGCGGUGGCUAUAGGAAUGCAAAUCCAUGCCUUGGUUGUAAAGCUCGGUUUUGAGACAGAAAGACUUGUGUGCAACUCUCUAAUUAGUAUGCUUUCAAAGUCAGGGAUGUUAAGAGAUGCUAGAGUUGUUUUUGAUAACAUGGAGAACAAGGAUUCAGUUUCUUGGAAUAGUAUGAUUGCUGGACAUGUGAUAAAUGGACAAGAUUUGGAAGCUUUUGAAACGUUUAACAACAUGCAACUUGCAGGGGCUAAGCCCACGCAUGCGACAUUUGCAUCUGUUAUCAAGUCAUGUGCCAGCCUUAAAGAGUUGGGGUUGGUAAGAGUGCUGCACUGUAAGACUCUGAAGAGUGGGCUUUCCACUAACCAAAACGUCCUAACUGCACUCAUGGUAGCAUUGACUAAGUGCAAGGAAAUAGACGAUGCCUUUAGUUUAUUCUCCUUGAUGCACGGGGUUCAAAGUGUGGUUUCUUGGACUGCUAUGAUCAGUGGGUACUUGCAGAAUGGUGACACUGAUCAGGCUGUGAAUUUGUUUUCCCUAAUGAGAAGGGAAGGUGUCAAACCAAAUCAUUUCACUUAUUCUACUAUCCUGACUGUGCAACAUGCUGUUUUCAUUUCUGAAAUACAUGCAGAAGUCAUCAAAACUAAUUAUGAGAAGUCAUCUUCGGUGGGAACUGCACUUUUAGAUGCCUUUGUUAAGAUAGGAAAUAUUAGUGAUGCUGUUAAAGUUUUUGAGCUAAUUGAAACCAAGGACGUAAUAGCCUGGUCUGCAAUGCUAGCGGGAUAUGCCCAAGCAGGAGAAACUGAAGAAGCUGCUAAAAUCUUCCACCAAUUAACAAGGGAAGGUAUUAAACCAAAUGAAUUUACCUUUUGCAGCAUCAUUAAUGCCUGUACUGCUCCUACAGCAUCAGUAGAGCAGGGAAAACAAUUCCAUGCCUAUGCAAUUAAACUGAGAUUGAACAAUGCUCUGUGUGUAAGUAGUUCUCUUGUUACCUUGUAUGCAAAGAGAGGCAAUAUUGAAAGUGCACAUGAAAUUUUCAAAAGGCAGAAGGAGAGGGACUUGGUUUCUUGGAACUCAAUGAUCUCUGGAUAUGCACAGCAUGGCCAGGCGAAGAAAGCAUUAGAGGUAUUUGAGGAAAUGCAGAAACGAAACUUAGAAGUGGAUGCUAUAACAUUCAUUGGUGUCAUUUCUGCUUGUGCUCAUGCUGGCUUAGUGGGAAAAGGUCAAAACUACUUCAAUAUAAUGAUCAAUGAUCAUCACAUUAAUCCAACAAUGGAGCACUACUCCUGUAUGAUUGAUCUAUAUAGCCGUGCUGGGAUGCUGGGAAAAGCUAUGGAUAUCAUAAAUGGGAUGCCAUUUCCCCCGGCUGCAACUGUGUGGCGCAUUGUCUUGGCAGCUUCUCGAGUACACCGCAAUAUAGAGCUUGGGAAACUUGCAGCUGAAAAAAUUAUUUCACUUGAGCCACAACACUCAGCCGCAUAUGUCUUAUUAUCCAAUAUAUAUGCUGCAGCAGGAAAUUGGCAUGAGAAAGUCAAUGUGAGAAAACUUAUGGAUAAGAGAAGAGUGAAAAAGGAACCUGGGUACAGUUGGAUUGAGGUGAAAAACAAGACGUACUCCUUCCUGGCUGGUGAUUUGUCACAUCCUUUGUCAGACCAUAUUUACUCAAAACUUUCAGAGUUAAAUACCCGGUUGAGGGAUGUUGGUUAUCAGCCUGAUACAAAUUAUGUGUUUCAUGAUAUUGAAGAUGAACAAAAAGAAACUAUUCUUUCUCAUCAUAGUGAAAGGCUUGCCAUUGCCUUUGGCUUAAUAGCUACACUUCCUGAAAUUCCCCUUCAGAUUGUGAAGAAUCUCAGAGUCUGCGGAGAUUGCCACAGCUUUAUUAAGUUAGUAUCACUCGUUGAAAAGAGAUACAUUGUUGUUAGAGAUUCAAACCGAUUUCACCACUUUAAAGGUGGUUUGUGUUCAUGUGGGGACUACUGGUGAUGUUUGGGCUAAUAUGCUCUUUUUUUGUUUUGAAGAUUCUCUAGUGGAUCUGACCUUUGUUUUCCAAAGAAUCCAUCAACUCUCUCCAAGGCAUAAAUUCUCGUGGAAACUUUAAGGAAAGAAUGUCAUAGGAAUUGAAAGCCUAAACACAUCAUAACAUUAGGCUACUUAUGGGUACUUUUAACGCUGAUUAUGGCAGUGACCGGUGAGUAUGAUGAUGUUGGCUCUCCACUCUUGGAUAGACCAUUGUAGAUAUUAUUCAACUCAGAAAGGAUGAUCCAUCAACACUCAACAGAAAGUCUCAGGAAAUAUACAUUUAACAUUGCUAUGGAAAAUUGUUGAUAGGAUUGCUGAAAUUUGCUGGGUGAUUCCAGAAAUCCUGAAAGCCUGUUAGGAGCCAAGAAACAGAAUGGGAAAUAAAAGAUAGAUUUUAUUGAAUAGUAAGAAAAGAACAAAACAUAUGAGAAAAAACUCUUCUCCAAGAGUUUCCCUUUCACAAAGAGCUAAUGCUCAAUUUACAAUGACAACAAAUCUCCCUCUUUCCUAUCCUUCCCCUAUUUAUAUCUAAUAAACCCCUCCAACUAACUAACUAACUCGUUAAUAGUCUAACUAUCAUAACUAACUCUCCCUUCUUAUAACCUAACAAAGUCCCUGUCAAUUUGCUGCUGAACUGGUUCCAGGCUAUGAUUAGUUUAGGUAUUUGCUGAAAUGGCUCAGGAAACCGAAAAUGCUUCUUGCCAAUAACUCCUCUUCCCCUUAAUCAGCUGUUACUUAUUAAAGUAACAAAUUUUGUAAUGUUGAAGCUAUCUAUUUUAGUCAUUAGCCGAAUAAAUAACUUAAUUAGAAGCACUGUUGAGAUUGAUGCAUUUAAUUAUGGAGAAACUCUUUACUCCAUGACUUGGAAAUUGGAAUACAAAUUGAGAACACAUAAUUUUAUCCAAGGUAAAUAUAAUUGAAGAACUAAAUUUGCUUACUCACUGCCGAAUUGGAUUUUGAAUCCUUUGCAUUGCUUAUCACGAUCAAUGAAAGAUUAGUUGCCGACUAGUAGUAUAAUGCUUAUGGCUACAAGAUGUGAUGAGGGUGUAGUAUAUGGUGCGAAAUGGUAUCUUGAAGGAGAUAGUUAGCCUUUUGGUUUAUCUGAGGUGCUGGUGUCGGGCUGUGCUGCUGUAGUUUUAGAAUGGUGACUAUGUUGUUGUGGCAAUUGAUUCAUGAUGCAGAUUUUUAUGUUCUUUUUUGUUUACAGAAUGUACUUUU